CCGGCAGCCACUUCUCAUAAAAUUUCAGGUAUUGACGCACUUGUCCAGAGUCUGCAGAGUUAUUACGAUCUUGGGCUGGUGAGUGGCAACUGGGGUUAGUCUCUACGCUCACACUGCGACUGACUCAUCCUGUUUCCUGGACAGUCAUUGCUGAGUUUCGCCCGGCAUUCCUCGCGACCGACACGCUGGGGUUUGAGUCUCAACUUUCCCAUCCCAAUUUGCGAGCAUUCCCCGCCACCGGGUCGCGCCAUCCCGGGAACCGUCCGAAGGUGGCAGCAGCGGCCCCGCAGUCCUCCACAGUCGGGCUGGCGCAGUGCAGGUCGCCGGCUGACCGCGUCCUGGGUUAGGCGACGAGCAGGCCCGGAGAAGCGGAGGCCACACCCCGCGGCCCAGGCUCUUCCAGUCGGUGAAUCAUCGCCUGCAGCAGCGGCUCCCGCAAUCCGCUGCAGCGCCCCGGGCCCGGCCGCACCCCAGCCGAGUGCAGCGCCCAGCGUCUCCGCGAGCCCUCUCCCUGUGCAGUGAGCCAGCCUGAUCGGAACCAUGGCGGGCAUCGCAAUCAAACUAGCCAAGGACCGCGAGGCGGCCGAGGGGCUGGGAUCGCACGAGAGAGCCGUCAAGUACCUCAACCAGGACUACGAGACGCUGCGGAACGAGUGCCUGGAGGCCGGGGCGCUCUUCCAGGAUCCUUCCUUCCCCGCCCUGCCGUCCUCUCUGGGAUACAAGGAGUUGGGGCCCUACUCCAGCAAAACUCGGGGCAUCGAAUGGAAGCGGCCCACGGAGAUCUGCUCUGACCCCCAGUUUAUUGUUGGAGGAGCCACCCGCACAGAUAUCUGCCAAGGAGCCUUGGGGGACUGCUGGCUGCUGGCCGCCAUUGCCUCCCUCACCUUGAACGAGGAAGUCCUGGCUCGGGUUGUGCCUCUAGACCAGAGCUUCCAGGAAAACUAUGCUGGGAUCUUCCACUUCCAGUUCUGGCAAUAUGGCGAAUGGGUGGAGGUGGUGGUGGAUGACAGGCUGCCCACUAAGGACGGGGAGCUCCUCUUUGUGCACUCCGCUGAGGGGAGCGAGUUCUGGAGUGCCCUGCUGGAGAAGGCCUAUGCCAAGAUCAAUGGGUGCUAUGAAGCCCUCUCAGGUGGCGCCACCACCGAGGGCUUUGAAGACUUCACAGGAGGCAUCGCUGAGUGGUAUGAGCUGAGGAAGCCUCCUCCCAACUUGUUCAAGAUCAUUCAGAAGGCUCUGCAGAAAGGCUCCCUGCUCGGCUGCUCUAUCGACAUCACCAGUGCUGCGGAUUCGGAGGCCGUAACAUACCAGAAGUUGGUGAAAGGACAUGCGUACUCCGUCACCGGAGCUGAGGAGGUUGAAAGCUCAGGAAGCCUACAGAAAUUGAUCCGAAUCCGGAAUCCCUGGGGACAAGUAGAAUGGACCGGGAAGUGGAAUGACAACUGCCCCAGCUGGAACACAGUAGACCCGGAAGUGAGAGCCAGGCUAACAGAACGACAAGAAGACGGAGAAUUCUGGAUGUCCUUCAGUGACUUCCUGAGGCACUAUUCUCGCCUGGAGAUCUGCAACCUGACCCCUGAUACCCUCACCUGUGACUCCUACAAGAAGUGGAAACUCACCAAGAUGGAUGGGAACUGGAGGCGAGGUUCCACUGCAGGGGGCUGCAGGAACUACCCAAAUACCUUCUGGAUGAACCCUCAGUACCUCAUCAAGCUGGAGGAAGAAGAUGAAGAUGAUGAGGAUGGGGAGAGAGGCUGUACCUUCCUGGUGGGCCUCAUCCAGAAGCACCGGCGGCGGCAGAGGAAGAUGGGCGAGGACAUGCAUACCAUCGGCUUUGGCAUCUAUGAGGUUCCAGAGGAGCUAACAGGGCAGACGAACAUCCACCUUGGCAAGAACUUUUUCCUCACAACCCGAGCCAGGGAGCGGUCGGAUACCUUCAUCAACCUCCGGGAGGUACUCAACCGCUUCAAGCUGCCCCCGGGGGAGUACGUGGUCGUCCCCUCCACCUUCGAGCCCCACAAGGAUGGAGAUUUCUGCAUCCGCGUCUUCUCAGAGAAGAAGGCCGACUACCAAGUCGUGGAUGAUGAAAUCGAGGCCAACAUUGAAGAGAUUGACGCGAAUGAGGAGGACAUUGACGAUGGGUUCCGAAGGUUAUUUGCUCAGCUGGCAGGGGAGGAUGCUGAGAUCUCCGCCUUUGAGCUGCAGACCAUCUUGAGAAGAGUUCUAGCCAGGCGCCAAGAUAUCAAGUCAGAUGGCUUCAGCAUCGAGACCUGUAAAAUCAUGGUGGACUUGCUAGAUGAAGAUGGGAGUGGCAAGCUGGGGCUGAAGGAGUUCUACAUUCUCUGGACGAAGAUUCAGAAAUACCAAAAAAUUUACCGGGAAAUCGACGUUGACAGGUCUGGGACCAUGAAUUCCUACGAGAUGCGGAAAGCACUGGAAGAAGCAGGUUUCAAGCUGCCCUGCCAACUCCACCAAGUCAUCGUUGCCCGGUUUGCAGACGACGAACUCACCAUCGAUUUUAACAAUUUUGUUAGGUGUUUGGUUCGGCUGGAAACGCUAUUCAAGAUAUUCAAGCAGCUGGAUACUGAGAACACCGGGACGAUAGCACUCGACCUUAUUUCUUGGCUGAGUUUUUCAGUACUCUGAAGUUACACGCCUGAAGACUUCUAAUGGAAGAAAACAGCCAAUGCCUAAACUCCCAAACACUUUGCAUCUGGACCUUGAACUUAUGGGAACAUCUACUUAAAUGGAUACCUGAAGAGUAUAACCGUCUGAGAUAGAUGAAUUUUCACAUAUCAAAGAUUUGCAUAUCAUUAAACCAAAUGCAAAUGAAUUGUAUAACCCUUGAUAAGCUCGAAGAAAGCUUUAUGUCUGUAAAUAGUAUACACUUUUUACUUCUACACAUUUUCCUGUUCAUAGCAAUAUUAAAUCAGGAAGGAACGCAGAGAGCCUAAAUGACUAACUGAGCAAUCAAUCUCAGGCCACAAGGACUUGGUGGGAAUAUUUAAAGAAAUGUUUUAAGUUUUAAAACGCAGUGGUGGCAUCUGCCAAAGCAGCGCAGGGACUGCCACCUGGCCUGAGCAAACCAGUGGAUGUGGUGAUGAUGGCGACAUCUAAAGCAUCCAGGAGCCAGCAGUGGUGGCACACCCCUGCAAACGGGAGUCUGAGACAGAGGCCAACCUGGGCUACCUAGCAAGACCCUGUCUCAAACACUAAAUCGGGAAAAAAAAAAAAGCAUGCUUCCAUUAUUUGAUUCUAACAAAAGAUAGUUUUUAUACAAUGUCAAGAACAGCCCGUCAUUCUCAAACUCAAGUCCUUGACCAUAUUUGGCCUUACACAGUUGAGUCUCACAAACAGUAGGUAGUGACAGCACUAUACCCUGAGCAACUGUAGCAGUGCAUCAGAGCCAGGUGUCCCGUUUGCCAGAAGAGCACAUUAAAGGGCAAACACGUUGUCACACGCUGUCGGCUGCCUCAACCUUAUGUACUUCACUAACCCCAGGGACUGUGCCUAAAGCUGUCGAGGACAGAGCUCAGAAGGUCUCAAAACAAACAAGCUGGCUUCUUGAUCGUGGGAAAAUGCUGGCAACAUUGUAAACAUAUUGCCUUAUCUCCUUCUAAAUGUACUGUUAAUAAAGUUGCCAAUGCAGUCUCACACACACCUUGGUUUUCUUCCAAGCAAUGGCCCCCAUGGGAAGGUUUAUGAGCACACAAGGUUAUAGCUGGGCUCUACUUAAACAGAUCUGCUGCUCUGAACAUUCAAAUACCAAGGAAACACCUUACCUAUAAUUAAACUAUGGAACUAUAUAUACAAUGUUUUAACAUUCUAACUCAGAAGUUCUGCUUAUUCGACCAGAAAGGGCAGUCCUAAUUUCACCUGCUUGUUGGUCUCUAUCAUUGCUGGCUCCAUCACUUAGGCCAGCUCCCACGGGGAUGAGGAGCCAGCAAGGGAGCUGAGAAAACCUGAAUAUUAAAUCAUGAGCCUAGGAUUAUGGCUGUCGCUGGUGAUGUCUGAAGAGUAAUAAAAUGGAAAAGAAAGAUGACUUGGUGAGGAAAUGCUACCUAUACUUUCAUGGAAAGCUUAGUGGAUAGAUUUUUUUUUUCAGGGGCAGGUGAUAUAUAACAGGGCUUCAUAUAUUCCAGACAGAUCUGGAACUAUGUAGCCAACACUGGCCUCGAACUCCUGAUUCUCCUGCCUCCACCUCCACAGUGGGAAUUCCAGCCUCAUGUUAAGUAGUAGAUGGAUUCUCAAAUGCAGCUAAGAGGUUGGAGAGGACGAUUAUGGAACAAACUCCAGCCCUGGGUAUGAGCAUCCUCUGUUCAGAGCUGGGGCUUUCGGGAUAGAGAGAAAUGCCUUGUCUCAGGACUACAGGUGACAAAGGUAGUGGAGGUGGGGGACUGAGACGGGAUAGGAUCUAGGAAGGUGAUCAAAUGUUUGAAAUAGUAGACUAGGAGACCCAGCUGGGAGGGGGCAGGAGUAAGGGCGGGGGUCCUGUCUUAAUAAGCUGAGAGAGGAGGGUCUCAGUUUAGGUGUAGGAUGGGAGCAGAAGAAUUGGCCACUCCCAAAUGGCAGGCACCAUGCAGCCAGCCCCUCCUACCGCAUUUUAAUCUCAAGGGCUGACCCUAAGACCAACUGUACUCUUGGUUGUAAUGAGGAGGGCAAGGAGAGACCUGUUUCAGUUCCCAGAACCCAUCAUGGCAGUCUUAGACCUAACCCUAUUACAAGGCUUCUGUAACUCCAGUUCCAGGGGAUCUGAUGCCCUCUUCUGACCUCCACAGGCAUGGCAUGCGGUAGUGCACUGGUAUACAAGCAAGCAAAACCAUCAUAUACAUAAAAGUCUAGAAACAAAAACUGGGCGGUGGCCAUUUUACAGGGAAGAAAUAAACUCCCAAGCUUUUUGACCCCAUAGCAAUUGUCCUAAUCUCACCACAAACCUCUGCCCUGAACCGCAAGCCCAGCCCUAUAUGGGCCCUUCUGUGGAGUGAGCACACAUCUACCUCUUCAGUGUUUGUCACAGCUCCUCUGCAAGACAUUCUAGUCACAUGCCUGCCCAACCCUCCCGUCCUUCCCCUAGAGUCAUCGUUCUAAGCUGCCCCCCUACAUCCACUUCUUUGUUCCCCAAAUCAUGUCUCCACCUGGUACCACCUAAUCAACAGCCUAUCUGUCUUCUAACAUUGCUAAAUACCAGUUACCCCCAGAUGCCAACUCUAGAACACCUUCCAGUCUACCCCCACCAGCCUCACCUGCCUUUAAUUCUAUUUCCUACUUCCUCUGCCCUGAGACCACACUCCCUAGUGUCCUUCUGUCUGUUGCUCUGUCAACUGAGAGUCCAGCCACAUGACACCUCCUCCUACCAAGACUUCGCGGCCUAUUAUAUCAAAGUUUACUCUCUCCUCUAACAUGGCCCACUGCCCGCUGCUUCCUUCUGCCUCGUUUUGCAAAAACCUUCAAAUUCUGCUGCUAGAAUGACCACAGCAGCAAUAUAGGGAACUGAAAAGCAGCCCGUGUUAAACACUAAAUCGUUUGAUAAAUUAGUUUUAUGCAGUCAUUGAAUCUUAACAAUGGCAAGCAAGCAACAGAAUACAGAAUUGCUUACACCAUGCUCCCAAUUAUGCAAUAAAAAUCCAAGGACAAGACUACAAAAAAUAUGCCAACCAGUGUCGCUACAAUGUCCAGUGCCUCACUCUAAGCAAGAAUUCCUUGACAGAAGCUGUCUUCAGGGGCUGAUCAGAAGGGC